GGACAGCUGUUUGUCUGCUGCCUGCUGUCGCAUUCUAAUCGUUUUUAAUUAUCAAAACGUAAACAGCAUAUUAAUAUGUGUUUUUUGUGCACACAGUGCACAGAUAAUGCUAUUGGGAAUAUCCAGUUUGGCUCACAUGAAGCCGAGCUGCUCAAUGUUAAGGAAAUCAUAGAAAAACACUUCUGGCUGCGGAUUGAAGACGCCAAUGGACACGUUUGCGGUGCUUGCUGGACACAACUAUAUGCAUUCCAUAGUUUCUAUUCAGAUGUAGAACAGGCGCACAAGGCUCUUCUAGAAAUCACAAACGUAGAAGCAACAGCCAAACAAACCGAAGCGAGCGUGCCCCAGGAAGGCUCAACGUUUGCCGUGGCUGUGGGCGUACCCAAGGAUGUGGUCAAGACGGAGAGUGGACUGGGCGACAGUGUCGCGGCCUCUGUCAAGCGUAGGCGUGGUCGUCCACGCAAACAGUUUCCCGGCGAGGCAGCAACAGGUAUCGAUAGCAGCGAGUUUAAGGCCGUGCUGGAGCAGAUCAAUUUGAACGAGAUUAAAAUUGAGUUUCCCGAGGCCGACUUGAGCAUAGCCGAUGUGCUUGAGGAUCAGAAGGACCAGACUAUAUCCGAUUAUCUGCAGCAAAGCGACAACGAAAGCGAAGCUGACGCAGCCAUUGCCAAGCCGAAACAGAAAAGACCUCGCAAUGGCAAAAAGCGUCGCUGCGCAACCAAAUUAAAGGUCGUGCACAAGGUGAAGGGUGGCGGCGUUCAUAACGUAAAGAAAUCCCAAGAAUUCAAUGAAUACAUUAGGGAAAACUAUAAAGUACAGUGUCCGGUGUGCAAUGUGCCGCUGGAGGACUUCUCCGAGAUGCUGUCCCAUACGCGCAAGGAGCACAAUCAGCGCGGCUAUGCCAUGUGCUGCAAUCGGAAGUUCUGGAAGCGCGGCGUACUCGUUGACCAUCUGCAACGCCAUCAGAAUCCGGAUCUAUUCAAAUGCCAGAUAUGCCAUCGCGUAAUGGGCCAGCGUCGCAGCCUGGAGCUGCACAUGCGCAUGCACGAGAUCAAGCAACGUGGCCGACUCUACCAGUGCGAGCACUGCUCGAAGAGCUUCUACAGCUCCAUUGUCUGCGAGCGCCACAAACUGACCCACAUUCCCAAGGAGCAAUGGCAUGCGGCGUGCACCAACUGCAGCAAGACCUUCCCCAACGAGUACCUUAUGCAGCAGCACGUGAAACUGGUGCAUUUGAGGAAAUUCGACAAGAUUUGCGACGUGUGCGGCAAGUCGAUACGCGGCCGCGAGGCUCUGGCACGUCACAUGGAGGAGCAUGCGGGUGCGCCGCAAAAGAUAAUCAAGUGUCAUCUAUGCGAAUCAACGCUGACAACCAAAUACGGGCUGGCGCGUCACAUUAAAAUGAUGCACACCGCCGAGAAUUUGCAGCCCAUGCAGUGCGAAGUGUGCCUCAAAAUCUCGCCCAGCCUACAAGCGCAUCAGCACCACAUCAAGUACACACACAACACGGCCCGAACGCACGAGUGUCCAAUGUGCGAGAAGGCAUUCAAACGGCCCAAUGAAUUGCGUGAACACAUGACAACGCAUACAGGCGAGGUGCUGUACACCUGUCCACAUUGCCCGAAAACAUUCAAUUCGAAUGCCAACAUGCAUGCACACCGCAAAAAGAUGCACUACAAGGAGUGGCAGGAGUACCAUCAUCAGCAUCAUGGCCGUUACCGCCGAACGGAUACGAUAAUUGCAGUGAGCGUGCGCAAGACAACAGCAAAUGCAGAAGCUGCUGCCUCAAGAGCUGUGGAGCAGUCGGACUUGGAGGUGCAGGAGAUGGAGGAGGCGGUGUCUACCAGCCGUGGCUUAGAGUGUUGAUUAUGUGCCCUAUGACAUAAUUAUGAACUUAAUAAUUCGGCGUAAUCAGUGUAUAAAGAUGGGUAAACAAUU